AGGAACUGGGAGGCAUUUGGACACCCACGCUUGUUGCAGAGGGGGAUGAAGCUGAGCAUGCAGGAAUUGCCUAAAAUCCCCUUUUUCAUAUGGAUGCAUCUAAAUUUCAGACACAAUUUGCCACACUAUGUUUGAGGAAGAACACAGCCCCCAAAAAGUGCAGGAACGAUUCCUUUGGGGUGGGGGUCCCUGACCCGGGGGGGCUGCCCGUCCUGCUCCCGCACAGCCCCGCUGCCCGCAGCCCGGAGAGGGGCUGGCGGUGUGGGCUGCAGGAAGGCAGCCUGCUCGGGUUGGCCUUUCCUGCCUUCCUCAAACGAUUUUUUGAGCGUGAAUAGCUCUUUUGCCCUCAUUUGAUUAAUCAGAAAUCCCAGCCGCGAGCCCCCGAGCCUGCUCUGGGGAGAUAAGGCAGCGGCGCGCCUCCGGCUGGAUCUGCCGGAGCGUGGGGAGGGUCCCGGGAAGCUGCACCCCCAGGAGCUGGGCUGAGCCCCCCGAGCAGGGCCAGGACCCCCAGCCCCAUCUCUGCGGGGAAAGCGGUGCCCGAAAACUCCAGCGCCGGGCUGCGGGGAGCCCUCGGCAGCUCCGGGCUGCGGCUUGUUUGCGCGCUCUCCUUUUCGCUUCCUCUGAAAGGAUUCGCAGCUCAAACGCCCCCCGGAGACCCGCUAACCUUUGGAUAAGGUUUGCCUCGGUUUAUCCUGCUCGGGGUAAUUAGGAGUUAGGGGGAGCCGGGAAGAGCGCGGCCGCAUCCCCGCAUCGCUCACCCCGCAUCCCGCAUCCCCUCCAGCCGCGGGCAGCGAUGGGCCGAGCAGCAGAGGUGUCUCCGGAGCCCGACGCAUCCUUACCACGCAGUGGGCGCACUGCGAUGGAGACGCGGCGCGCUCUGCCAGGGGCUCGCGCUGCCCGUCUGGUGACAGCCGCCGGCUGGUGACAGCCUCCGUCCGGGGACAGCAGCCGUCCGGAGACAGCCUCCGUCCGAGGACAGCCUCCCACCGCCGCCCCCCAGCAGAGCCCGGCCGCGGGGACCGGCGGAGAGGCGCGGAGCGGGCGGGGAGCUGCGCUCCCGCACCUGCCCGCCGCGGGGGCAUGCCCCAGGGCCGCCCGCAGCGCAGCCGCUCGCACCGCGCCCGGGAGCGGAGGUAGCGGCUCGGCAGAGCCCCCCCGCACCGCCCCCGCCGUCCUUUCCCCGGAGCCCGGCUCCCGGCCGCCCCCCGCACCGCCCUCCCCGUCGGGUCCGUCCGACCGCCGGGUCCGGAGCGGCCACCAUGGCCACGCUCCUCCGCAGCAAGCUUUCCAACGUGGCCACCUCCGUGUCCAACAAGUCCCAGGCGAAGAUGAGCGGCAUGUUCGCCAGGAUGGGCUUCCAGGCGGCCACCGACGAAGAGGCGGUGGGCUUCGCCCACUGCGACGACCUGGACAUGGAGCACCGGCAGGGGCUGCAGAUGGACAUCCUCAAGGGCGAGGGAGGCGAGGAGGGCGGCGAGACGCCCCUGGAGGGGGACAUCCACUACCAGAGGGACGGCACCGGCCCCCUGCCGCCCUCCGCCUCCAAGGACGCGGGGGUCUGCUCCGAGCUCUCCGGGCAGGGCAAGCCCAAGAUCACGGCGUGGGAGGCUGGCUGGAAUGUCACCAACGCCAUCCAGGGGAUGUUUGUUCUGGGCCUGCCCUAUGCCAUCCUUCAUGGUGGAUACCUAGGACUCUUUUUAAUCAUUUUCGCUGCGGUGGUUUGCUGCUACACUGGGAAAAUCCUUAUUGCCUGUCUUUAUGAAGAGAAUGAGGAUGGGGAGAUAGUCAGGGUGAGAGACUCCUACGUGGACAUAGCCAACGCGUGCUGUGCGCCCCGCUUCCCCACGCUCGGAGGCAGAAUUGUGAACGUGGCUCAGAUCAUUGAACUGGUCAUGACCUGCAUCCUCUAUGUGGUGGUCAGUGGGAACCUGAUGUACAACAGCUUCCCCAACCUGCCUGUCUCCCAGAAGUCGUGGUCCAUCAUUGCCACGGCCGUGCUCCUGCCUUGCGCGUUCUUGAAGAAUCUCAAGGCAGUCUCCAAGUUCAGCUUGCUCUGCACAUUGGCCCACUUUGUGAUCAACAUCCUGGUGAUCGCCUACUGCCUCUCCAGGGCACGCGACUGGGCAUGGGACAAAGUCAAGUUUUACAUUGAUGUGAAGAAAUUCCCCAUCUCCAUUGGCAUCAUUGUCUUCAGCUACACCUCUCAGAUCUUUCUGCCUUCCUUGGAGGGGAACAUGCAGAACCCCAAGGAGUUCCAUUGCAUGAUGAACUGGACUCACAUAGCAGCUUGCAUCCUUAAGGGACUCUUUGCCUUGGUCGCCUAUCUGACCUGGGCUGAUGAGACCAAGGAGGUCAUCACAGACAACUUGCCAUCCACCAUUAGGGCAGUAGUCAACAUCUUCUUGGUGGCCAAAGCCUUGCUCUCCUACCCCCUGCCGUUCUUUGCAGCUGUGGAAGUCCUGGAGCGAUCCCUUUUCCAGGAUGGAAACAGGGCGUUCUUCCCCAACUGCUACGGGGGCGAUGGGCGGCUCAAGUCCUGGGGACUCACCCUCAGAUGUGCCCUGGUAGUCUUCACCCUGCUCAUGGCCAUCUAUGUCCCGCAUUUUGCCCUCCUGAUGGGUCUUACUGGGAGCCUCACAGGCGCAGGGCUCUGCUUCCUGCUCCCCAGUCUUUUCCACCUCAAACUCUUGUGGAGGAAGCUCUUGUGGCACCAUGUCUUCUUUGACGUCGCCAUUUUCGUUAUAGGUGGUAUCUGCAGCGUCUCGGGGUUCAUCCACUCUUUGGAAGGCCUCAUAGAGGCCUUCAGAACCAACGCGGAAGACUAAGGAAUGGCCAGAGCUGGCUGCAGCAAGAGAAUCGCAUCGAACAUCCGCAUAGCCAAAAAAAUCCACAUCCCUUGAAUGAAGAGAGUCAUUAUUUUCGUUACGUGCAUCCAACAAAUUCUAUGUCAUAGAAAUCUGCAAAUUAAAUGAGAUAAGAAGACAGUGUUCGCCCUGCCAUCUUUUUAAAUAAGCUAAGAGUUAAAUAUAUUUUUUGUUAUUUAGAAUGUUUUAAAGGAAAAUACGUGGUGCCCCAUCCCAAUCUCCUCACUAGUUGCCUGAAGCUUGGCCCCCCGCGAAGGACCAGUCGGGAACCGAUCGCAGCUUUACUGCUCCCCACAGCUCUGCAGUUCGGUGCUUCAGGAGGUGAAACAGGCGCCGAUCCGAUGGGACUGGGGCUUUGUGCUAGCAAGCUGUGGGCACUGGGAGCAGGGCCCUUCCUUUAUUUUACACCAGUUGAGAGAGAAGUAAAUGAGCCCCGGAUUGUGUGACCAGCCCAGCAAGCCCACGCACCGGCUGAUGACCGCGGCGUUUACACCGUGGCCGCAGUGAUGCCAGGACUGCUUAAUUCUUCCACCCGGACUCACACCGAGGAACUGCCCAUCGAUCACAUUUUGCCUCUGGUUGAAAUCACAGACCUGGAGUCCACUUCUCGGUGAUUUUUUUGUUUUGUUUUGUUUUGUUUCAUUUUAACAAUUAUUUCUAAAUUAUGAAAAGAAAAAUAUAGAUAUAUGUUGGAUUUGACGUCGUUCAGGAUACAGAAACAAAACUAAGACAAAACUCAUUCUGUGCAAUCUACCAGAUCCGUGGAGCUGUUUCCAAUGUAUGUGUGGUGUAAUUGUGGUAAAUAAGAUGAAAAAUGUAUAUCAGAAAAACAAAAGUCUAUCUUUAACUUAUAAUGUGGUACAUAGAUAUAUCGAACAAUAAAGAGAAAUCCUAUCCGAG